AUGUUUAAAUGUUGUGCAAGUGUUGCGGCAAUCCUGUGCCUGGCCCUGUGCCUGCUCAGCCGGAGCGAACCGGCCAGUGGCAAGAGGCUGGGCAAGAUGUCGGCCGAGCGGCUGGAGCAGUGGGCCCGCUCGGCCAAGGACAUUGAGGGGCGCGUGGUGGCCGGCAGCGAUGCUCAGCUGGGUCAAGCACCCUAUCAAAUCUCGCUGCAGGGCAUGUACGGGGAUCAUAUGUGCGGAGGAGCGAUCAUUGAUGAGCGCCAUGUGCUGACCGCAGCCCAUUGUGUCUAUGGCUAUAAUCCGACCUAUUUGCGCGUCGCGACGGGCACCGUGCUCUGGCAGCAACCAGAUGCCAAAUACUUUGUCGAGGAAUAUUGGGUGCACUGCAAUUAUAAUUUUCCCGAGUAUCACAAUGAUAUUGCUCUGAUGCGUCUCAACGAUUCGAUCGUGUGGAACGAAUACACAAAGCCGGCAAACCUGCCUGAUGGACUGCCCGCGAACGGUUCGCAGCUGCUGCUGACCGGCUGGGGCUCGACGGUCUUGUGGGGCGAUACGCCCGAUGUGCUGCAACAGGCGACACUGACGUAUGUGGACCACGACAGCUGCCAAGAGAUUAUGGGCGGCGAUCCGAACAAUGGGCCCUGCCACAUAUGCACAUUAACGGACCAGGGUCAGGGCGCUUGCCAUGGCGACUCGGGUGGUCCGCUGGCCUGGGAUGGCAUACUGUAUGGCCUAGUCAAUUGGGGCCAUCCCUGUGCCCUUGGCUAUCCGGACAGCUAUGCCUCGGUGCAUUAUCAUCGCGAUUGGAUCAGGCGCACCCAGUCGGAAUCCUCCUGCAAGGCGUGUCACUGCUAUGCCAGCAACUAUGGCGUGUGAUUGAAAUAAAAAAGGAAACACAAUUUCCAUAUAAAAUACAAGUUUAUUUAAAUCUUUAUUUCAUGA